CCGGAGCAAGAAGGCAAAAAUCUUGAUAAUCUUCUGUAAGGAACAUUUCUUGUUGUAGCCAGCGGCAUUUCCGGGUCUUACAAUUUUGCUAAACAUGUCGCUAUGGAAGAUGGUAGUUGAGAUCUGCCUCCCCAUCCCCAUCGUCUUGUUGGCUCUCUUGUGCUUCCCGGCGCCUAGGGUGUUCCACCGUGGCGUCCUGAAAGUGGUCGACAGUACUCUUGGCAUAAAUCUGGUCGGCAAUGUCCUGAGCUUGCUACAUUUCAUGCUGGUGGUGUCUGGCGCGGCCCUGCUUGCCACAAUCCGGACAACCUACCAACUGAAGGACCAGAAGCUGGACCCGUCUUCUGUGACCCCCAACGUCCUGUCUGCCAAUCUGGGCAAGCGCUGGAGGGCAGAGCGGAAUUUCUGGAUUGCUUUCAUCACCUUCACGCUCUGGUGCCUGCUUGCCCGAUUCUACCAGAUCCUCAAGCACAAGGCAGAGGUGGAGGAUUCCCUGGCCAGGCUUAGGGGUGACGCCCCAGCAAAGAGCAGCGGGCCAGCUCCCACAAAGCCUGAGCCUGUAGUCCGCAAGAGCCAGUAGGCUAUUGUGCGCAACAAAGUUGCUGCAGAAAUCUGUCAAGAUGCAUCUGCCGUUGGUCUGAAUACUCAAUUAGCCAGCGCUUCAGCUCGUGUAGUGCUGCGCUCCUCUUGAGCGUACAUGCUCCAGCCUUGGUUGCCUGCAAUUUUGUGGAUAGUUGGGGGCAGGUGCAUGCCUUCACUGCCAUGGAGAAUGGUGUUUUUCUCAAAGUGGGUUAUUGCAGAGGGCUGCCAGCAGUGCUUUGAAUGGGAUGUGGAAAUGUUGAUGCUCAAGAAGAACUCCUAAACUUCCUGUUGCUGUAAGCUUUGACAACUGUAUCAGCAUGGGCCAACAUAUCUGGAUUUGCGUUCACAGAAGAGCUGUCGAACAGUUUUCCCUUCACAGCCUGUCUGAAAUUGAUUGCAGUAUUCCUUGUCACAGAAACUCAGAUCACAUCUCUACAUAAUGGUACGUUGAAGCAAUCUGUGGCCUGCAGCCUCCCUGCAGGUGUAUCAGGUGCCCCGACUGCCGGACCUCUUGUUUGAAGGACUGAUAACAAGUGCGCAUGUGUAAACGCGGUGAUAUGUCAAGU